ACAACCUCACCGACAGUAGUCGUACCGGUCUCAAGUGCCUAGUCUGGCUCCAUCCAUGAGCACCUUCCUCCUUCCCGCUCAAACCCUAGCUUUCCCCGCAAAUCCCUCCUCAUCCCUCGUCCGCCGGUCUUCGACUCUCGCAUCCACCAUCGGCGUGAUCAAGGCGAGUUCUGCCCCUCGCAGCAAGCCUGUCCUCCCGGCGCCGCUCGAGGCCAGCAGAUUCCCUCUCAGGGGCAUUUUAUUAGCGAGCAUCGUUGGAUUCGCCUGUGCCCUUACUUUCAAUUCAGCUGUGACGGCAACAAUUUACCCUUGCGAAGAUGUCGACAGAUACUACACUGGCGUCGAUGGGCUUCAAGGCGCCGCCCUGAUGAAGAAGCUCAAUUCCAUUGUUUCUGCUCAUCAGUCGCUGCGUUACAAAGACAUCUGGUACGCUCUCAAGAUUCUUGAUGCGGCAGAUUUCGAAAACCCGGAAGCCUCCUCAGAGAUAGUUGAGAUUUAUUCUCUUAGAGCUGUUCCAAAAUCAUUGGCCGGAAAGUCAGAAGGAUGGAACAGGGAACAUUUAUGGCCACGUUCAUAUGGCUUGACAAAUGGACCAAUGUUGACAGAUUUACAUAACAUUCAUCCUGCAGAUGCAAAUGUAAAUUCAUCCAGGGGAAACAAGUACUAUGGGGAAUGUGUGGCUACAUCAGCUCACUGUUCGAGGCCGGCAAACAAUGAAGCUGCUGCUGACACCGAAACUGACAAGGAAAGAUGGGCACCACCUAAAGAGGUGAAAGGAGACGUAGCACGAUCGGUAAUGUAUAUGGCCGUGUCUUACGGAUUUCAACAACCUAAUGGGAGUCCUCCAUUACGACUUUCUGAUUCACCAAAUAUUGAAACAAAUGAAAUGGGCCUCCUUUCAACUUUGCUACAGUGGAACGAACUCGAUCCCCCUUCGAGCGCGGAGAAGUUAAGAAAUGACAGAAUAUGCAAGUUGUAUCAGCACAAUCGGAAUCCUUUCAUCGAUCAUCCAGAAUACGCCAACCUCAUUUGGAAAUACGCCACCAAUGAAGGAAAGGGAGCAAACAAGGGAUGGGCUUUUAGUUGGUGGGCUAUAGCAAGGACAAGAAUGGUCUCUGUAUAUAAAGGGAUAGAGAGCCAAAGGAAGAGAACACCACUGACUAGUGACUCCUGUUCCUACUACUACCGCUACUGCUGCUGUUAG